CUAACAAAUGGCAAGCACAGCUUCUUAAAAAGGAGGCUCCAAAGUUUUGAUGACGAGAGGAGGGAAGUUUAAACAUCAACAAAUGUAGUGAAUCACUUUCUUAUCUUGAACGAGGCUUGAGUUAAAUUUAUGUUGGUUCAAGAUUCAAGGCUCAAGAGAUAUAAACGUUUGGAGGAAUUACCUUACCUCCCACUCAGAGGCUAUCAGAAUCCCGCUCAGUAAAUCGUGAAGUUGUAGUUGCAGUUGUAUGAGGGCAGAAGAGGUUAGAAUACCAAGCUUUAACUGUGACCUUGAAGAACUUCAAACUAAUUGGGAAAAGAUUAAAGGGAAUCCAGCCCUUCAGUCUUUCUUUUGAACCAAUGCAUGCAGCUGCUGGAAGGUAAAAAUGGAUUACAUUCCACCAAGGGUCAAGCUGAGCGAUGACACCUUUAUCUUCCUAGAUGGCAAGUGGGUGAAUGAAACCUAUAUUCAAUCGGCACUCUCUUCCUCUAUGGAAGCCCGCCAGAAGCAUUCCAGCAAGAAGAUGCACAAUGACUGGACCCUCUGGGAAGAGAACAAAGCUCUCUGGGAAGAGAACAAAGCCCUCCGAGUGGAAAACAGAGUUCUCCGGGAAGAGAAUAAGGCCCUGCAGGCCCUGCGGAUGGAAAACAAGGGCAUUCAGGUUAUCUAUGAUGAGAGUCUCCAGCAAAUCCUCCAGAAAGAAAAUAAGCCUUUAGCAGCCCUUCCAAUCAUAGAACUCCAGGAUGAUAUGGGGGGGAAAGCCCUUCAAGUUUUCAGAGAAGAGAAGAAAGCCCUCCAGAUCUUCCGGGAAAAGAAUAUGGCUUUGAAGGUCUUCCCUGAGGAGAAGAAAUCCACCCAAUUCCUCCAGAAGGAAAAGCAAUCUGCUCAGUUAUUAGCAAAGGAAGAUACCCCAGCUCAGGAAGCCAGUAAAAUUGUAGCCCAGGAUACCAGUAAUAAGCCUGCACUGGCUGAGGCAAUUGAAGCUAUCCAGGAAAUCCAAGAGGAGAGCAGGACUUUACCAGUUCAGGAAAGAAACAAAACCUUAUUUCCAUUGAAGGAGAGUGAGACGCUUGAAGCUGUCCAGAAACUGAAUGAAACUGUAUUGCUCCUCCUAAGAGAGAACCGUGCACUUCUGGAACAAAAAGAGGACCUCCAGACUAUCCAAGGAGGGAACAAAAUACUUUGGGAGGAAAACAAGAAACUGAAGCUUCAGCAAAAUGCCAUCAAAGGUGCUGUCUGUAAGAUUAUUACUCAGAUGGAUCUACUGCAUGAGGAGCUGAACUCCUUUGCUUCCGUGGAAGAGUCAGAGAAUGUACUGAAGAAGCCAGAGAGUUGCUGAAACCUGAGUAGCUGCAGGGAGAGAUGUUAGGCUGAAUAGCUGGUAGUUCACAUUUGUAGAAUUCUCUCUCUCCUGCAACAUAACCCUGAAUAAAGUUCUGUUGUGGAUUCAGGAAAA